AUGGAUGUAGGCACAGUGUUCUCUCCAAUCUGCCACUUAGCUAAAACUCCUUUGGAGAAGAAGAACUCAGAGGAACGUAGACCAGGGAGGCUGGCUUGGUUAGAACACCAUCUUAGGAAUUUUGCCUCACUGGACUGCAUUGGGCUGACGUGGUCAGGAGGCUUUAAGACCAACCUCCAAGAUGACCUGCAUCCAGAUGGUCAAGUACCUCUGGGGCUUAACCGAAAGGGAGAUGGCUUCUGGGAAUGGGAAGGAGAGAGGCUAUUUGCCCAGGUUCCCCAGCAUUUUAUCAGACUCCAGAUAUGGAGUGAGAAAUUCCAGUUCCCCUUCAGGGAAGAUUUCAACAGAGACAACUAUGCCACAGGGCUUCUGAAAGCUGAGACAACGGUGUGCGGCAAGAUGAGUGGGGAGCAGCAGAGUAUAAAAGCUGUGGAUGUGAAAAUUGAAAGUGAUCUGAUUCCUGGCAGCAAAUAUGAUGCCCUUUGUGUCAAGGAUGAAGAUAAACCGUGCGGGGAUCCCCCUUCCUUCCCUCACACCAUCCUGCAUGGCCACACUGGAUUUGAGAUGGGGGAUGAGCUACUGUACGUCUGUGCCCAAGGCUAUGUCAUGGGUCACAAAGAGACCGCCUUCACCUUGCUCUGUGACAGCUGUGGGGAAUGGUAUGGACUGGUACAAGCCUGUGUAAAAGAUGAAGCUGAGACACAUAUUGAUUAUGAAGAGAACUUCCCUGAUGAUCAAUCAGUACCACUCACAGAUCACAAGAAGGAUGAGAGUAAAGAGGAAGAAAAAGAGGAUGGGGACAAGGAAGAAGCCUCUGACAAACUAAAGCAAGAUUAUCCCAUCUCUGUUUCUCUAGGGAAAGAAAGAGUGGCUGGCAACAAAGACAUAAAGACAAGGGACCUGCCUGGAGGAGAAGGUAGAACCCCCACAGAAUCUCCAGUGUCCUUGCUGAGCCAGAAACAUUUAUUUUGGUUUCCAGCUGAGGCUUUUCAUGAACCUGAGUUGGAGAAGGAGAUGAUGGAGGAGAAUGCCCAGAGGCAUUUUUCCGAUGGGGAUAACCAUAUUGGAGUGAAAUCAAGACUCCACGAGUCAGGUAACAAAAUGAUCUAUGACAGUGCUGACUUCCCCAUUGGACCAACCCUGGGUAGGAAUGACACAAAGGUUGGGGAGCAAAUUGUGAGCAGCAGUGAUGAGUCCUGGUUAGAUGGCUACCCUGUAACUGAUGGGACAAGGGAGGAAGAAGAAGAUGAUGAAGGAGACAAAGGGGAUGGGUCAGUGGGUCUGGAUGAAAGUAUUUUGGUUAUGACUGACCAGCCCAACCAUGUAGAAGUAAAAAAAUCCAGCAGUACCAUGUUCACUAUAGGUGAAGAUAUAACCCAGCUGACUGUCACUCUGAUGAGAACAAUGGACUAUGGACCAGUGACUCUCACACCUACUACUGCCCCUGAAAAUGUGAGUCCCAGCAAAGGAGUGAGUGACAUGGUCACAUAUCAGUCCACUGUGUCUUGGGGAUUUACAACAGAUGAGUCUCCAGCAUCCACCUUACUCGAUGACCUUACCAACUCGACCCCAGGGACAAUAACAAUAACAGAUCCCCUGCCUCUUGACCACAUCCCAUCACCCCAAGAUACUGAGAGAGAUGCCACCACUCUUCCUCCCACCCAGACCACCAUAUUCAGCACCCAUAGUAGCUUCCCAGACUCACCCUCUGAGAGAUUCAUGGAACAGGAGCUUCCCACCUUGAGCAUAAGAGAAGAGCUUUUUCCAACCACCCAAUCUUGUAUUGGGGAAGAUUGCUCAAGCACCACCAAAGGCCCCGUGAUUGCCAUCAUAGUGAUAGUCCUGUGUUUGUUGCUGCUGCUGGCGGCUAUCAGCGCUGUGUGGUGCUACAGAAGACGACAGCAGAAGAGCUCAGUGUAUAAGCUGAAUGGCAAAGGUCAGACUCGGCAUUAUCACCAGCAGAUUGAGAUGCAGAAGGUCUAA